AUGAUCAACAUGAUCGUCGAGAACAGCUCUCCACGUCCUCCGCCCGCUACCAUCGGAUUCCAGGCCGUCGCUUUUCGCGCUAGCGGCAAUCGCACUGUAGUGUACAACUGCAGUUUUUUCUCUUACCAGGACACUCUAUACGCGCAAGAUGGCUUCCAAUACUACAAAAACUGUUACAUCUUCGGCGAAAUGGACUUUGUGUUCGGCAACGCGCGUGCCAUCUUCGAUUCGUGCACUUUCUACAUGGACUCGAUGGGCACCGCCGCGGUCACAGCGCAGAAGCGAGACGUGCCGACAAACGACACAUGCUUCGUGAUCAUGUACUCGCAAAUCACGGGCAAGAACCAGGGCUGGUUGGGGCGCGCGUGGGGAAAAUACGCGUGCACGAUCGUCGCGUACACGGCCAUGGACAACGUCAUUACUGCCGAAGGCUGGAGCGACUUCACGGUCCCGGCUAGAAGACUGACGACGUUUUACGCCGAGUAUAACAAUCGCGGGAUCGGCAGCGUGCUUGAAGGCCGCGUGUGGUGGCAGCGGGUGCUGUCGGCGCGGCAGGUUAAGAAGUACCUAACGACGGACUACAUCGGCCUGGGCACCUGGAUUCCGCAGUUGCCGGUGGUGAACCGCAACGUCGUGACGCCUAAGUUGGUCCCGAAAACGCCGCCCGCGAACGCCAAGUGGCGGUCGUGCCAGCUGGACGACAACGAUAUGGAGGACUCGCAGGCGAAGAAGAACAAAAAGUGCUCCAAGUGCUGCAUGAAAAAGGCGCCUCUCAGCCAGCGGCGAGACUGCAUGAACUACUGCAUGAAGUAA